AUGUGGGGCCUCGCACGCGUGGCCUGGAAUCUGAGGCAGGCGAGGAGGUUCUCAUCCGUGAUAUCCGGUCCUUACAUCGUUCAGAAGCGGGGGACCGAUAUUCUCCACGAUCCAUGGUUUAACAAGGUCUCGAGGCGAUCACUCGGUCAUCUCCAUUUCGAUUCUUCUCUUUUGUGAUUGUUUUCUCCAUGCGAUGGUAGAUCGGGUGCGAAUUCAUGUUCUUCGUGCCAUGAUCCUCCUAACGUUGGAAAUUUGAAUUAUCGUGUUAAUUUUUGUAUCUAUGUGGGAUAAAUGUAGGGUUAUGGGUGAAAAAUGCGGGUGUUUUAAUUAGGCUUUGAAGUUUUUGUUGACUUGGGUUUCAGAGAGAUUGAACAGGGGGUUAAUGUGCUUAUCUGCAGCGUCUCCGUGAUGAUGGACGGAAAUAACAGAGUUUUUCACGAGGAAAACAUACCUUCUAACGAGAAGUUUUUUCCUGUUUGGACAGUGUUGGGUAGUGUGGCUGGAAAUGAUUCCUGUGUUUGCGGGCAAUGACCAAGGAAAGCUUUGGAUACCUCAACUAUUCACCAAAAAUGAUAAAUGCAAUGUUGGCGCAGGGGGUUUCGCAGUAUUUUUCUUUUCUUCAGAACCUAACGGGUACACACACACAGACACAACAUAUAUUUGGCGAAAUGGGAACACAUGUGCAUAAUAAUUUCUUUACUGUUUCUCGGUAAUUGGCCGAAAUGUUAUUAAACUUAGCCCUCCAGAGGAUUUAACCACAAGAAUGGGAGCAGAGACCCCUACGUAGAUGCUGUAUGGACUUUCAUGAAGAAACAUGUGUCUUUAUAUGCGAUUGUUACCUGGUGGCACUUUUUAAUCACAAAAAAAAUUGUGUCGGAAGAAAUACAUGUGAUAUUUAUUGAUGCACCGCCAUUAAAAUAGGGAAUCAAGAGAGAAAUAUUUUCUUAUGGAAGAAGACAUGUUCUUUAUCAAUACAACCUUUUUUUAACAGUGGCACUCUACAUGUACAAUUUCAUGGAAGAGAAAGCAUAUAUCGUUAUGCAAUUUCUUUUGAAGGUGGUGAACAUGUAAUAUAAUGUAAGCCUCCUUUUAUGGGUUGUACAUGGUUCUGGUCAUAUAUUUCAUUGGCACUUUGACCUUCCCUCUAGUUCCCAUGGCUUUCUAGGUGACAAAUUUGUUUAUGCAUAUCUAUCUAUCUAUCUAUUAUAUAUAUAUAUAUAUAUAUAUAUAUAUAAUAGAUAUGUUUGCUCCUGUGAUAUGUUUGAAAGGUAAGGACUUGAUAUAAUAACAAGGAAAUUAUCAAACCUCUUAUUAUUGAAAAUAUAUAUACAAAGAGAGAGCAUAAUCAGUGCAAGAAGUACAACAGUACAGACCUGGAUAGUUGCACGUGAAAAUAGUAAUCACUUGAGGCAACUCUCUUAACGGAAACUAUUAUGUUCUCCUAAAUUUAAGGUUGAGCUGCACACAAUCUGCUUAUUAGCUUGUCUGUUUUGCUCCAGAGCAUGGUUAGCCAUUUCCUGAUUCAAGCCAUUAAUGAAUUUUCAUGCUAGGGUUUUAAAAUGUGAGUUGUAGUGUUAUCCAAAGUCAAUUCAUCUAUUGUACCUAUCUCAAUUUUAUUUUUUUGUAUUUUUUCAUAAAAUUUAUUCUUUCCCAAUCUACUGCAGUUUAUCUUCUCUAAUAACUAGUCUCAUAUUUAAGCUAUCAUGCACCAUCAAGACAAAAAAUUGUAAUGUUGUAAUUAUUUUUUUUAUAGAGAAAGGGCAUUUCUCUAGAAAGCAGUAGCUAAUUUUAUUUCGGGUAUAUUGGGUCUUAUGUGUGUCUAAUUGCUUUGUUUAAUCCUGUUGGGAACUAGGACACUGCUUUUCCAUUGACUGAAAGAGAUCGUCUAGGGCUCCGUGGGCUACUUCCACCUCGUGUAAUAUCCUUCGAACGUCAGUAUGACCGUUUCAGUAAGUUCCAAACCUUUUGCUGUCCCCUUUAAAACCUAUUUUUCCUCAUCCAUGUUUGAACUUAUUUUAGAAUCAUGUAUUUGUUAUAUGCUUAUGUCCAGUACAUGACUGUGCAUAUUAAUAUCUUGGUAAGGAGAGCUCGUAUUUAUGUCUUUCUCUCGCUUAUUUGGUGGAGGAUAAAGAACAGAGGGCCUUCAUUAGUUUGUCGAGGCAAAGGAAAAAGGAAUUCUAACAUCUAUGAUCGUAAAGGAAUGCGUUUGUUUCUUUGAUUGAUAACAUCUAUGAUCGCAGUCUACAGAUCACAAUGAAGCAUCAAGUCGCAGAGAAGGGUAAAAGGAGAACCAAUUCCACCAUAUGCUUCAAAUUUUCCGUCGGUUUAAGAACUAAGAGACGAUAACACUUCUAUGCCGCUAAAAUAGCUGACAGCAUCUGCAUAAAAUAUGAAAAGGGAUCCGGAACUAUGAGACUAACCAUUGUCCUUGGUAAAAUUGACAAUAUGGUUGAAAGAAAUUAUUUUCUCCAUUACAGAACUAAUUAUGACAAUCGACAAAAUAUUCUAACAAUGCAACAAGAAUGGCAGCUGAAAUUAUUGUAACCCUGAGCUUGUCAUCCUACGGAAGAAAACGCUCUGAAACUUGUUAUAAUAUAGAUCUUGCCUGAUCCGAUUAUGCCUCAAAACCAUUGUUAGCAAUGAUCAGGUGCCACAAACACUUUCUUAAUGCAGGUUGCAGGAAUCUUAUGUCCAUCCGACCUUAAAGGCAUGGUCCUAAUAGUUUUCAUGAACGAAAACGUUAAUGGAUCACUUUUCUGGAAAAUGGGUAGUUGAUAUUUACUAAAAUAAUCCAUCGUAUCUCGUCAUGCCAUUGAUCCGUUUGUCAAAAAAAUUGAAGUAUUUUACCUGGUCAACCACCUUAAACUUGCCCUACUGAAACUAACUUUUCAAGAGGCAACUUCUUGUGUCAAAUCUUAUGUGUAUAUGUAUAUCUUAUUUGUUUUUGGCGUGUUAGUGGACUCGUAUAGGUCCCUGGAGAAUAACACGCGAAAUGAACAUCCUAAUGUUGUGUCAUUAGCAAAGUGGAGGAUUCUGAACAGACUGCAUGACAGAAAUGAGACGUUGUAUUACAGGGUAAGCUUGUAUUUCAUUUCAGAGUGUCAGACUUCGAAUUGAAUGUAUGUCUGGUGUGCAGUUGUCAGGGUUUGGGAAAUUGAAUGUGCUAAAUAAUAUGCGUUAUCCAUGCCUCAGGUUCUUAUCGAUAACAUUAAAGAUUUUGCUCCAGUAAUCUACACUCCGACUGUGGGAUUAGUUUGCCAAAACUAUGGAGGUUUGUUUAGGCGUCCACGUGGAAUGUAUUUCAGUGCAAAAGAUAAGGGAGAGAUGAAGUCUAUGAUCUACAACUGGCCUUCAAAACAGGUAAUCUUAUUACACCUCCUCCUUGAACUAUUUAAUUUACAAAUGCCUGCAAGUUUCCAGAGUCUAUUUAUAUGUUACAUGCACGAAAGCUACUUUAUUUUUUUUUACCGAUCAUCGUAAUUUGUGCUUCCUAUUGUUGCCAAGCAGUGAACAGAUAAUCUUGUUUACUAUCUAACAGUCAUCUGUAUAUAUGCUUGAUAUACUUUCUUCAUAAAUCGAACUCAUUGAAUUACACCAUAGUCUCUUAUUUUUUUAAGGGGGCAAUUUCAGUGUUUUUCUUGGUCUGGAUUGCAGAAUUAUAUUCACAAAAAGUUCUAGAUUCAUGUGAUGUUUUCGUUCAUACUCAUGUUUGUCUAGUUCUGCCACAUGAAGAUAAAGCAGCCUUUGGAAAGCGAACAUAGACUAGCAUUAUGGCUGGCCUUACCAUUCUGGUUCCUAAGGCCACGUGCUCUGUUUAGUAUCAACCUCAUUCUUUAUGGAAGGACCAGGAUGUGAAUGGCGCUAUUGGAUCAUGUGUAUUCUUUAAUUUGCUUUAUUAUUUUCUUCAUAAUCCAGGAAAUGUUUACAUUUUUUUUGUUUUCCACGUUAUCCUUAAGACGUAAAAAAAAAUCGUGCAAUAUUUAAUGCACAUUAUUUGCCGUCUGGAAUGGUGUCUCUUGUGUUCCUUUAAAGUUCCAUAUGGUUGUCACUUAUUUCUUAAGAAGAAUUAUCCAUAUGUAACGAGGCUUAAUUAUGUUUAUCUCCUUAUGGUUUCUAGGUGAAAAAGGUGACUAAUUUAAACAUACUUUGAUAUUUAAUACGUAUGUGAUGAUUGUACGGCUUUUCAUAAGUCAUCCAUUUCCAUCCAGAGUUAAAUGCUGGGGAGCAAAAUUUGACACAAUUGUCCUCAUAUGUUAUUAAUCAUCAUUUUACCCUCAGGAGAAUAGGAAAAAAAGCUGCAUUCAAUGUUCAAGAAAUCGCUGAAUUUUUUUGACUUGAAAAAAAUGCACUACUUUUCUUCAAUGCAUUUGUUUUCGUCAUGGACUUAGAAAGUAGCCUAUAGGGCGUAAGAAUGACAAAAGUGCUUUGUCUAUAAUGUGCCUUUUUACUCAGUAUUUUCAUAGAGAUAUUAUACAUAUGCGUUGAAGUUUUAGUUUCACAAAUGUGCUGUUUUGUUUUUAUUUUUAUUUAAGGAUCUGUUUCCAAAGAAUUUUUCUCGGCAUGUGGGUUGUCCAACAGAGGAAUGUGGUAAUUAAAGACUGCUUGAUUUUGGUAAAUUUAUUUCUAUAAGGAAUGUUGUAGUGCUUUAUUUUAUCAAUUCCUUGUUUCAUCGCUACGAUUGUGAAGCCCGUCAGACAGGAUAGUAAUACUCUUUUACUAAUUAAUUUUCUUGAGUUGUUUUACUCCAGGUUUAAUGUUUUCCUGUGUGGUUGUCUUCAAAUAGGUGGACUUGAUAGUGCUGACUGAUGGGAGUCGUAUACUGGGUCUUGGUGACCUUGGUGUUCAGGGAAUUGGCAUACCCAUAGGAAAGCUUGACAUGUAUGUUGCUGCUGCUGGGAUCAAUCCACAAAGAGUAAGCUUUAUGUGCCCCCUAGAAAAUCAUUUAGAACGGAAUGGUAUCUAUGUCAUUUUUUGUCUGUAUAGUGUCUUUUUUAAUAUAUAAAUCCCAUGAAUCUACUAGAUGAGGCACACAUGACAACCAUUAAUUAGUAUUUUUUUAUAUCUUUACUCUGGAUUUAUUAUGAGCAGAUCAGUUUUCCAUAUAGUUCUCUCCGUAGGACCUCGAUGGACCAUUUGUUUUGAGACAGAAGUAUUGCGUUCCAUGAUUAUAAAGCAUGUUUCGUGCUCUUAGUUGUUAUAUAUUACUUUUCAUCUGGCAAAUUAUAAAAUAUUUAUAUUUACUUUGUGCUGUCUUCUAUUCAUUUAAUCAAUGUUUUUAUCUCAAUGAUUAACUUCCAUUUUAUUGCUGGCAGAUACUUCCAGUUAUGCUUGAUGUAGGAACCAACAACCCAAAACUGCUAGAAGAUAAUCUUUGUAAGUAGGAUUACGCUAUAUUUGAAGGGUUAUGAAGCCUGUAUCAUUUUCACAUUUCCUUUUUUUAAAGGGUUAUGAGAUUGUUUGCUUUUUUUAAUACUUUUGACUGAUACAUCUUUUGCAUUAUCUCAUGUUGCGGUCCAAAGACAGAAUCGAGUAUAUACUAUGCUUUGGGAGAUACUUCUGGAAAUUGGAAUAACCUGUGUGGUCCAUUUUAGCACUUGUUUCCUUGCAGAACUUUCCCAUUAGGUCAGAAUCAAUGAAGACUAACUUGCUGACAUAGAAACCAGUAAAGUACUGAUUCUCAAAUUCCUUUGGAAGUCAAAAAUAUACUUUCAUUAAUAUUGGGCAUGAUUUGACUGAUUCUAUUCUAGCAUUUAUUUCGGUGUACUCUCCCUCAUGAAAACUUGUAUGCACUAGAAACGUCUUCUUAGAAUUUACUUGAACGAGAUUUUACGAUGUCUCAGAGUGAAAUAAGUAAGUUCCCCAGGAUUCAAGGAGGGCGUAUCCCUGUACGAAGUGAGCUUCAGGCAACAGUUGGAUUUUCGAAAAUCGAUCCCAAGUUCAAUUUUUCUCUAUAAAUCAUGAUAUAACUUAUUUUAUGUGGAGCUUUAGAAUAGAUCAAGACAUUCGUUGAGGUACCGUAUAACCUUCUUAAAUCAAAUAUUUGGCCUUUUUUCUAGCCUUUUCGCUGCACAUUUGAGCGGAAUGUAGCAUACAUUUUGAGCAAAGUGUCAAAACGUUGCAUGGCUUUGGUGUUGAUGCUAGAAAAAUGUUGGUUGUUCCAUUAUAUUUGAUUUCGUUUAGAGACAAUGCUGGAAAAAUUAAUGCAAGAAUUAAAAGAAAAUCAUUGUCAUUAGUUAUAAAGACCUCAUGGCUUAACUUUUAAAAGCAGUAGGAAAUUAAGACUGCAAUAGUCAUGGGCUUCUCAGGUCAUCGUGUCUUAGGCUUUUGGAUUGGUACGUUCUGAUGUGAUAUUAGCAUGAUGCUUAUUUCAUUUCCAUCUGGAUUUGUCGUUUUUUAUGCACCUAAUAAUUUAGUGUAUAUUUAUUGCUGUAAUAUUCUUAUAUUGUACUUUUAUUUUUUGUCUUCUCAUUUUGAGAAAUUCUUAAUUUCUCUUAUCAAAACUUUGUGAUAUUCUGAUUAUAUGCUGUUUUGUUAAGUAUCACCUGUCAGUAAGACUUGUAGGCUUUCGUUUCGAAACCUAAACCAAUUGAAUCUGAGACUCUACCAUAAAGUUUGAGAAAUAAAAAUUACAAAAACGACAGGCUUAUUGUGUAUUAAAAUUCAAUCACUACGGUCUUAUACCAAAUAAUAGUAAUUUCGUUCUGUCCAAUUAUUAGAAGGUGUGUGGGUUUUGUUGAUCGACUAAUUGCCUCUUGCCCUUGUGAUGUUCCUGGUAUCCAACUGUGGACAUUUUUUUUGGUUAGAGAGGCAACUUGAUUUAUCGGAUCUUUUUUUUUGUUUUGUAUUGUCUCAAGGGAGGUUUUAAAAGUGUUGCUGCUACCAUCUACCAUCUUUGAUCUCCAUAGUAGUCUAUUUUUCAUUAUUCUGCUUCAUGUUGGGAUAAGUUACUUGUUUCUCAAAAGAAAUUAUAUUUUCAGAUUUAGGAUUGAGGCAACCUAGGCUGGAGGGUGAUGAGUACUUAUCCAUUGUUGAUGAAUUCAUGGAAGCUGCAUUUUCACGUUGGCCAAAAGCAGUUGUACAGGUAUAGUGGUUCAUAGUAGUACCAAGCUUCUUUUAAUGUUAGAAUAUAACUCUUUUAGCGAUAAGAAGGCACUCUUUCAAACUUGCAGUUUGAAGAUUUCCAGAUGAAGUGGGCAUUUGAAACUCUUCAAAGAUAUCGAAAAAGAUUUUGCAUGUUCAAUGAUGAUGUACAGGUUAGAACUUUGAUGUCUUUGAUGUUAUUUAUGUUCCUGAGGUUUUUUUCUUGACUGUCUUACUUCUUGUGUCUUCAUAUAUCAUUUAUAAAUUUUGACACUGUUUAAUUUGUGUCCACGUUGAACUCUUUAACACUCAAUGACAUGCUCAGAUGUUAUAGCAUUGCAUAUUCCGAUUCCCAGUAGUUUAUUUUUUUUCCUCUGAAUAGGGAACAGCUGGUGUUGCUCUUGCCGGAUUGCUGGGUGCUGUGAGAGCACAGGGUCGACCUUUGGAUGAUUUCCUGCAUCAAAAGAUUGUGGUUGUUGGUGCUGGAAGGUAUCUACUUUAGAAACAUUUAAUUUGAUUACGAAUCUACCUUAAUGAUCCAUUUUUUUUAAGUAUUUGUGUUUUUUAACUGCAGUGCAGGCUUGGGUGUCCUGAGCACGGCUAAACAUGCUGUUCUGAGAAUGCUUCGGAAUUGCAAGAAUGUGACAGCACACAAUCAGUUCUGGUUACUUGACAAAAAUGUAACAUGUUUUUCUAUAUUUUCUGGUUUUUUUGGCAUGUAUGUCUUUGCAGACUAUCAAAAGUUUUAUUUUAGUUCUGUUCCAGUGAUUCCCAUCUCUGGAUAUGCUUGUCAUGAGAUAAUAGUAUCUUCGUUGGAAUAAGCCUGAUUAAAAAGUCUUAGGCAGCUAGACCUGCAACUCCCCCUUCAAUCCAAAAAAGAAAAGAUGUAUAUAGUUCAUCCUUGAAUUCCUUAAAAUACUUGCAUAAUUUUGACUGUUUCUUUAUUGAAGUCAUUCCUAUGAAGUAUUCUCAGCUACUGCAAUCGAUUGCAGAGAACCCUUAAAUCUCCCUCCCGAUCUCUUAGUUAUUCCUUUUGUUUGUGUAGCUGAGUAAUCCCAUCAUUUACCUACUGUGUGCAUUCUGCGGUAUAGCUUUGUAAUACCUGUUCGGACAGUUAUGGCUCUAAAUGUCAUGGCUCCCUUUAGAUUCGCAUUAUCUCUGCCCCGUCUGCCCUGUAGUAUUUUAGCAGGUUAGCACACUGAAAAAGAUGUUUGCUUUAGCCUGACAUCUAGCUUGAUAAUACCUUUGGAGUGGGUAGGAUCUGCUUUUCGCAGCCUAAGCUAACACAAUGAAUACAAGUUCCCUUUGACCAUAUCAGGCUUUAGAAUGACUGGCGUGAAUAUGGCUUCCGGUGGUUGUAGGGUCUUGUCACAAAAGAUAGAGCAGAUCUUGACCCAGCUGCUGCGCCAUUUGCUAGAGGCUCUGGGCCAGGAGAGGUGGAGGGUCUAUCUGAAGGGGCUAGCCUCCUUGAAGUAGUAAGUCAUUCGGACACGUGAAGGUCAAUUUACUCUGAAUUUUGUUGAUGUUCUAUAAAUUAUUUCAAGUCUCCUUCAUACAAAUUCUCUGGAUUCUUAUGAACUUGCGAUAUCCUCUGGAAGGUCUAAUAAUUGCGUAUGUCGCUUGUCAGGUUAAGAAGGUGAAACCUCAUGUGCUAUUGGGCUUGUCUGGUGUUGGUGGUAUCUUUGACGAGCAGGUAAGUUCCGCAAGAAAAGAUUUCCUUCCUUCGACUUUGUUCUUUGCUCUCUCUUAUACAUUGAGAAAAGCUUGUAAAAUUGGUUUAUUCGCCAUGUAACAUAUCAUAGCUGUCAAUUAAUGCGCACUUUGGAAGCAUUGUUUUUCUCUUGAACUUACUAACACGGGAAUAAAUGAAUUUUAUGCUAGAUUUUCAGUUGAUAGUGCACAAGUGCCUGUGAAAACCUCUUUUAGCUUCUGGCUUGCAUUUGUGUGUUCCAAUUCAUUUCCUCUACCACAAUAUUCCCUUCCAUUAACAAGCAUUUUUCUUCAAUUGCUACCUGUUAUCAGAAAAUUUUGAAUAUGCUUUUUUUCCAUAUCAGAAAAUUAGAUUAAACAAGCACGGUUAGUUGCUAAUUAUGAAAAAAAGAAAAAGACAAUGUAUUUUUACGAAUCUAUGCGGAUGCGCCUGGAGGAUAGGGUUCAAUGAUUAUGAAUGUUUUGCUCCCCUGAAACAGCUUCACUUUUUAUUUCCUGACAAGCAUAUUUAUCAGGAAAUCAUUUGAGGGGUUAAUUUUUAAAAAGAUGGUUGACUUGGACUCAUGACAGGUUCUUAAGGCUAUGCGUGAGUCAGAUUCCCCACGGCCGGCAAUCUUUGCAAUGUCAAACCCUACAAUGAAUGGUUAGUUCAUUCUCGAUAAGCUUAGAUCAAUGUCUGCAUAAAAUCGAAUGAUAUGAUAAUAAAUACAUAUUUACGAUUUUCCUAUGAGAUAGCCGAGUGCACAGCUGCUGAUGCAUUCAAGUAUGCCGGAGAAAACAUUGUUUUUGCUAGUGGGAGCCCUUUUGACGAUGUUGAAUUUGGUGAGUUAUCUCUUCCUGUUUGAAUUCCCUUUUUUUUCAUCAUUUGAGACGGAAAAUCAUCAAGAGUUCCUUGUGUGUGCAGGAAAUGGACAAGUCGGGCAUGUUAAUCAAGCAAACAAUAUGUAUUUAUUUCCCGGGUGGGUAUCAGUUACCCUUGCACCACCCUCAUCUGUCAUCGAGAUGAACAUUACUCUGUGAGAGCAAGAAGCUAUAAUUAUGAUAAUGAAUAUUUUUCGGAAUUUCAGGAUUGGAUUGGGAGCUCUUCUCUCAGGAGCUCGCAUUAUAUCAGACGGAAUGCUGCAGGCAGCAGCUGGAUGGUAAGAUCGCAUAUUUCCGAUUUCCUUUAAUCUUAGUGUAUUUAUCACGAGCGAUACAUGGAAAUGCCAUGUGGUGAGUAUGAUACAUGCCAGGGUCACAUGGUUGAGGACACUAAUCUUAUGUAGGGAGCAUCGCCAAUAUGAUAUAAUUAUCUCAUGUACAAACUUUGUUGGGCAGCGAACAGCUUUGAUAAAUCAUAAGGGUAACUGGGCUCUUAUCUUUCUAUAUAAAUCCCCAUAUACAUACAUACAUACAUACAUACAUACAUACAUACAUACGUUGUUUAUAUUCUGUCCUGCGUCAGACCAUAUUCAUCUAGGGAAGUAGAAAGUAAAAGAGACCGCGCUAUGCUAUGCUUGGUUCCAGUUCUUAUUUAUUGUUAUGUCUUAAUGUUCAGUUAUCUUACCUAUACUAACAUCAAUAAUAUCACUCAUUAUCUUACCUUGGAUAAUAAUUUAAUGAAAAUAUUUGUCUUGUUUCGCCAUGAAAAAUCUAUCCGAUUAUGUCGGCAUCUAACUUUUUUUGUCACCAUGUAGCCUGGCUUCCUACAUUACCGAUGAUGAAAUUGAGAGAGGCAUAAUUUUUCCCUCUAUCUCCAGGUGUGUUCUCUGUCUCCAGGGAAGAAACUUUUUAAAAUUCAUCUUGUUUUCUGAGAUUUUUUUGAUGGUAAUCGUAGCCGAGCUCCUCUUGCUUUAGUAUCAUUUAAGAGGUUACGGAUUCACAGUACGAAAAUAAUUGAAGAAAUUGCUUCCAUUGACCAAGAAUCACAUGCCAUACUCCUCUUUUCUGGAGUAGCACAUCAUCAUAUAUUCAGAUUAUGUUCAUAUUGGUUAGUCCCCAAUAAAAUAAUACAAUUUAAUUUCAAGGGACAUAAGCAUCCACAUUACUGAUCCCAAAACGCUGGUUUUGGGAAUGCUCAGAAAGCUUAGCUUCAUGGUAGAAAGUUGUAAAAUGGUGAAGAGCAUUCCGGGAUGGUUUCUGAUGGACCUUGUUUGAUGCAGUAUAAGACACAUCACGACUCAUGUUGGAGCAGCUGUUGUCCAAGCAGCCGUAGCUGAGGAACUUGCAGAAGGACAUGGCGACAUGAGCUCCAAGGAGUUGGCAGACUUGUCAAAGGUAGCGUAGUAUUCUUAUUAUCCAUUAUUUUUUCUGAAUAAGUUCCCAUCUACAUAUCAUUGACCAUUAGCGAGUCUGCACAAAAAAAGGGGUCCACUCACUUGGUUGCACUAUUAAUUAUAUGUCCAGGAGGAGACAGUUGACUAUGUAGCUAAGAAUAUGUGGUACCCAGUGUACAGUCCUCUCGUUCAUGAGAAAUGA